AUGGCUACGGUUCCCUCGCCCCCGAGCGCGGGUCUGCAGGACGUCCAGCAGACACCGCUCGACGAGGCGGGCGAGCAGGAGGUGGCGACGCGGCUCCUGGCGAUCGAGCGGGCGCUCUCGCUCCAGGUCGCGGGACAGCCCGUCCCAGGCGCGGUCCGCCUGGACCGCAACCUCGCCGCCCACGCCGAGAUUGGCAAGGGCGCCGGCGUCCUUGGCCUGCCGGUCGCGGAGAAGCGGCGCCGGCAGCGCGGCCGCAGGCGCGGGCGCAAGCAAUCCGAGCUGUCCGACACGGCGGGCCCCUCGGAUGAGAAAGACGAGCACUGGUCCAACCUUGUCUGCACGGACUCGGACCAGGGCUGCGACAAUCCACACUACAAGUACGGGGAUGGGGACAAGGAGAAGAUCGAGAAGGUGGUGCACGAUACCUUCAACCUGAUGGACCAGCGGACCUCCACCCUCCUGAGUUUCGAGGGCAAGCAGAAGGAGCUGGAGACCAUCGACAACCCCUUUCCCAAGAAGGCGCUCGAGACUGACCAGGCGGUGCAGGACACAGACGUUGCGCGAGAGUCGCAGCACAAGGGCGUGCUCAAGGAGGACAACUCGUCGGCCUCUUCCGCUCCCCUCGAGUGCAUGAAGAACGAACCCAGCCUGGGAAAGGGUGGCAAGAGUAAGCCCCGCGGCUCCUACGCCAUGGUCAACAUUGGCGUGGGUAAGUCGGGCUUCGAGCCGCUUGGGCGCCCGAGCUUCGAGCAGCCCGCCCCGCGGCCGCUGGUGGUGGAGGACACGGUGGAGGUGGAGGCCUUGCAGAGCCACCUCGCGCUCCCGCGGCUGGCGCCCCGCCUGAUGGCCAUCGGCCACGGCGGAAGCGCCGUCGUGCUCGGCGACGUGCCCAUGGUGACCUCCAACGCCGCCGAGGAGGCGGGCGGUGCAGAGGGCGGCGACGGCGACUGCCUCGAGGACGACAGCUGGGCGGACGGGGCCGUCCGCCCUGCGCCCUUGGCAGGCGCGCCUGCCGCGGCCCCUGGUGCCGCCGCUGUGGUGCUGGGCGUGGCGCCCCCUACUCGUGAGUCGCCCGGAGCACCGCUCGGCGGCGAGGGGGGGGGCGCCGUGCUGCCCGCGGAGGAGGCGCCCGCUGCGGCUGCUGCUGCUGCUACCGCUGGCGCGGUGGCCGUGGAGGACGACGACGGGCCUGAGGUGCGGGCCGCGCUGAUCUCAGCGUGGAUCCGCACGCCUGGCGCUCGUGUGGCCGACCUCCAGCCGCACUUCGCCGCGUGGCCGCUGCCGCGCCUCCGAGCCUGGCUCGCCGAGGCGGUGGACGCGCCCGGCGCCGGAGGUCUUCGGAAGUUCCUGCGAGACCUGGAGCACAGCGGGCGCCAGGGUAUCUUCGAUUACCUGCGCCUUGUCGAGGGCUCGAGAGCGGUCGCAGCGGCCACCGCCGCGGCCCCGGGCAGGAGGAAGAAGAAGAAGAAGAACCGCGACCCCGAGAAGGCGGCAUCCAGGUCCCGCGACGCUUCCGCCGGCGCCGCGGGCGCGGAGGCGAAUGGCAGCGGCCGCUCGCAGAGCCGAGAGGUCGUGUUCGCCCCGGCCACGGCUAAGAAGGCGAGCGGCAAGGAGGCGGGCAGCAAGAAGGCCAAGAAGGGUGAGGCGGCCAAGCCGAGGCGGGCGAAGAUGGCGGCGGAGAGCCUGGACGAGGAGCGCCCGGCCAGCUCCGCCGACGAGGCCCCGGUCGUCGUGCGCCCGCCGGCCAAGGUCGCGGACUCGCGCAUCGACCAGCCGGGGGCGCUGGACGGGGAGGAGGAGACGCCCGUGCCCCUGAAGAAGAAGCGCAAGCGCAAGAACCUGCCGCCGAAGGAGGGAUGUGCUGACGAGGAGGCAGAGACCCCGCCGGCGGCGGCGACCUCACGGCGCCAAGCGCCGACAGCCGCCGCAGAGGCCCUGCGGGCGGCCGUCGCGGGAGCGGCGGCAAUGACGAAGAAGAGGCGGGCCCAGGACGAAGACAUUGCAGAGACGGCAGAGCACAAAUCUGCCUCCGAAGCAGACUCCGGCGCAAAGAGGAAACGUGAUGCUGGCCCCAAGAAGAAGAAGAAGCCGGCGCGCGCCCGGAGCCCCAGCAGCUCGCCCUCCAGCGCGGGGGCGCCCGCGGCAGCGCGCCGCGGCCGGCGGCGGCCUGCCGCGGCGGAGGGUAGCGGAGGCUCGAGCGAGGACGCGGAGGCGGAGGGGGCCGCGCCUCGCUCCUCCAAGGCCGCCCGCAGAAAGGGCCGCCAACCCUCGGCCAAGAGGCCCAAGCGCGAGAAGGGCAAGGGCAAGAGGGACAGACGCUCGCGGUCGCGGAAGCGCAAGGACCGGGGAAGGCGGGCGAAGGUUUCGGGGUCGCCGAAGAGGCCCGGCAAGGGGAAGUCGCAGAAGGACGGCGCCGACGCGGGCAAGCAGAUGAACUGGGCGCAGGCGGCCUGGGAGAUGGCCAAGCAUGGCGGGCCGCAGGCGGCUCAGGCGAUGCAGUGGCUGCAGGCCUUCGGCGGCCAGCCCCCGCCCAUGGCGCCGGGCGCGAUGCCCGGCAUGAUGGGCCAUGGCAUGCCACCUGGCAUGGGCGCCAUGCAUGGCAUGCCGCCGCUAGGACCGCCGCCGAUGAUGCCUGGAAUGAUGCGGCAUCCCAUGAUGGGGAUGCCUGGCAUGCCCGGGUUUCCAGGUAUGCACGGCGGAAUGAUGCCAGGCGCCAUGGGACCAGGCGGCGGCAUGAUGCCUGGCAUGCCCCACGGCGCGGCGCCGCACAUGUGGCCCGGGGCGCAGGGCCCCGCCGCCGCCAAGGGCGCUGGCGGCAGCAGCAGCAGCAGCAGCAGCGGCAGCGACAGCAGCAGCUCCAGCAGCGACAGCGACUCCAGCGAG